AGCUAUAGCAAUGACUAGUGCAUGGGUUCUACAUCUACAUCACAAAUGAUGGAAAACCAUGAACAGAAUCAUAAAGAUCCAGUUGUUUUGCCAAUCAAAUACACACCUCAAUAUAAACAUUCUUCCCUACCUCAUGUGUUGACAGAUUAUGGCUUUAAAGACACAGAAGCAGAGAGACUUGCAAAGGCAAAACAAGAAGAAAAAAGACGUAGAAAAGCCCUUAAACAGCAACAGACAAACAAUUUUUAUGAUGCUGAUGAAGAAAGAAUUCAGGAAAAAGAAAGAGAGCGAGAUGAGCAAUGUCUUAAACUGGUGAAUGAUAUGUAUAGACUCAGAGACUAUUACUAUAAAGAAUAUAACAGUUUACUAGCUGACAAGGUGAAAAAACAGAGAGAGAAUAUAAAGGCUAAAGAUGAGGAAAGGGAAAAGAAAAUAUUUGAUGAAGAGGAAAUGAAAAGAAAAGCCAGCCACACAGUGAAGAAAAAAGAACGUCACACUCUAGAUACAUUACCUCCAAAGCUGAAGGUCCCUAAAACAAAUUUAUAUUUGAUAGUUGGAUUGGAAGAAAAACUUCGCAAGGAGGGAAAAUUAAAGACAACAACGGAUUUUACUCAGUUUAGGUCUGAGCUACAGAAUCCUGAGGUUUUCAACUCCACCUUUAAAAUUCAUAAACAUAAAGACUUCAGCAGUUAUUCUGGCUCAGUGUCAGACCAUGAGUCCAGCCCUAGCCAUGGGGAGUCCAACGACAGCCUCAACUCCCUGGAGCAGAGACCCCUGGGGCUCAAGCAAGAGAGGUCACUGGAGAGAAUCUCUGAAUCUCAGGAGUCCUCCAGGCCCAGCACAACUCACAACAAAUGGGCAGUAACUCAGCUGAAUCAGUCCAAACGGAAAAGCAGCUUAAGCCAAGGGGACAAAAUUAGACUAGAUGUCGAAAAAUUAUUUCCUAAGCUAGAGAUGCCAAAACUACAUUGUUUCACGCUUGACUUGACUAAAAGACCUCCAGACCCAGAAGAGGUUCAAGAAGAUAUAGAGUUGAAAGCUAAAGAAAGAAUGAGAAAGAAAAUGGCACGCACAGUAAACAAAAUGUACCAACUGGCAAUGAGUAAUGCUGCUGUUGCAGCUAGAAUAAUUGAUCAGCAUGAAGACAUGGACAUGGUACUGAAUGGGCCAGAUUUAUCUGAUGUGAUAGCAGAUCACCAUUGGUUUCAAGCUUAUGGGCUGAGAGAAGGAGCUCUACAAGAGGAAACAAACUAUCCCCAAAAUUCUUUUGGUGGCCCAAAAUCUCUUAGUGGUCUACCAUCAGUUGAUGGCCCACCAUCUGUCAGUGGUCCACCAUCUCUGGACACAAGGCCAGAUCCUCUACCAGACAUACCAAGCCGUGGCAGCAGUUCUACAAGUAGAAAAUCUCAGGCCAUUGAAAUUUGCCAGGAAAAUCAGAGUGUGACUGAAGAAACAACCAAGCCUCCUCAGCCCCUUACAAUGAGUGAAAUACAGGAUCAAUGCGCCAUUGUGGAAGCCAAAGCUUUAAGCACAUUGUGGAACAACUACCUCCGUGCAGGAAAACAGUGAAAGGAUCUAUCAUCAACAGGCUAAUAAAUGAUAUUUUUAUACAGUU